GCCCGGCGGGCGCCCCCGGGUCGCGCCCCGAGCUGCUCGGCCCCUGAGGGGGCAGCUCCGGCUCCAAGCCCUGGCCGGGAGGGAGCGCUGUGGGGACGUGCACUGUGGGGCGUGUGGCGGGAGUUCCUGAGGCGGGCCCGUCAGGAUUUUAAAGCACCUGUCUCUGUCAUUUUUACUUUUAGGGUUUUGGCCAAAUUGGGCACAAAAUAACCACUUACCCCUUCUCGCCGAGGAAGAGCGGGAGAAAGGGUAUGGCACAGUCACAAGGCUGGGUGAGAAGAUAUGCUAAGGCCUUCUGUAAGGGUUUUUUUGUGGCGGUGCCUGUGGCAGUGACUUUCCUGGACCGGGUGGCCUGUGUUGCAAGAGUGGAGGGAGCAUCAAUGCAGCCUUCUUUGAAUCCUGGGGGGAGCCAGUCAUCUGAUGUGGUGCUUUUGAACCACUGGAAAGUGAGGAAUUUUGAAGUACAACGUGGUGACAUUGUGUCAUUGGUUUUAGGUCCUGGAAAUGUGGAAGGAAUCUCAAAACUUCAACAUAACUGUAUUUGCUCCAAGUCACAGAGAGAGAGACAGAGAAGCAGAGACACAGACAGAGGGAGAAGCAGGCUCCAUGCAGAGAGCCCGACGUGGGAUUCGAUCCCGGGUCUCCAGGAUCGCGCCCAGGGCCAAAGGCAGGCACCAAACCGCUGCGCCACCCAGGGAUCCCUGUAUUUAAAGUUUUAAUGGUGUAGUUGUACAUCAUGUAUGGUUGUAAUGAAUCCCAGAUGUUGUUCAAGUACUUUGUAUAGAUCACUAAUAUAUUUGAAUUCAAUAAAGAAAGAAGCCAGCAAUAAAAUGUACAAAAUUGCACAGCUUAGUCUGGGCACAUGCCCUGACUGUCCAUCAACAGCUUCCAGCCUCUCUUCUGUACAGCACAGCCAGACUCUUGAGUGCCAGCUGAUGGAUUGUUAAAGUGCAUAGAACCAUUUGCCCACUUUCCCUUUCUUUUUCCCCCUCAAUUUCCUCCUUUACCUCUCUCCUUCCUUUCUUGCUAAUUAAACAUAUUUAUUGUCUACCUCCUAUGUGACUCUAUGUUAGAAGGUGGAGUUACUGUAGCAUAUCCCUUAUUGUAAAAUGGGUUCUAUAGAUGCUACUCAGAUUUAUAAACAUAAACUUCUAAUAAACUAGAACUCAUUUUUAUUUUUUUUUAUUAUUUGUUUUUUUUUUUUUUUUAGAACUCAUUUUUAAAAAUAUCAUGCAUCCUAGAAUUUGUGAACGGGGUUUCUAGAAGAUGGGACAUGUUGGUAUCUGUGAUAGGAUAGAUUCUUGGAAGUUAAUUGCAUGCUCAUACUCUUGACUUCAUUCUUUUCUCUCCACAACUGACAACUGGACUUGCUUUCCUACUGAUACUGCCCACUGUAUCAACUGUUCAUGCU